AUGGAUCUCAUCCCGCUGGAAAAUACUCCAGUUCGACGGCGAAUUACAUACAGACGCCUUUCGGUGACCAUUCAAAUCGUGACCCUUGUUCUUUUCGUUUUAAUAUCACCGAUUGCCUCGUUUGAGGACUCAAACGCAGUUUAUGAGGAUGAUGAGCCGACCAUCUCAUCAUUGGCCUCACCGAUGCGUCGGACGUAUACGAACGAAUGGGCAAUACGCAUCGAAGGCGGGUCGAUGAAAACUGCGGACGAGCUUGCUGCCAAAUACGGGUACAAAAAUUUGGGUGCAAUCAUUCCGGGCGAUGAAUACUUUUUAUUCCGUGACGAACGCCGGCGUAGUCGGUCGAAUCGAAAAACGAGAAGUCUGAGCUUAAACCAACUUCAGCACGAUCACAGCGUUACGUGGAUGGAGCAGCAAGUGGCAAAACGGCGCGUCAAACGCGACUAUCGAAAAUAUCGUCACGUCGGCAACAACGACAUAUUCGAGAACGAUGAGUCGCAAGUGAGCAAGUCUAGGAAUCGCAAACAUCCUGAUCCGAACGAUCCACUUUGGACGGAUAUGUGGUAUCUGAAUCGAAGACACGGAUCAGAUUCGACGAAAAUGGAUCAUAAUGUCAAGGAAGCUUGGGAUCUUGGGUACACCGGCAAAGGUGUGGUGGUUACUAUACUUGACGAUGGCCUGGAACGAACGCAUCCUGAUAUUUUGCCAAAUUAUGAUGUCCGCGCUUCGUAUGACGUGAAUGAUCGUGAUAAUGACCCGAUGCCGCGCUAUGAAUAUUCUGACGAGAAUCGGCACGGAACGCGAUGCGCUGGAGAGGUCGCGGCGAUUUUCAACAACAGCUUGUGCAUUGUUGGCAUCGCCUACAACGCCAACAUCGGAGGAAUCCGAAUGCUCGAUGGUGAUGUGACCGAUGCUGUGGAAGCGGCCUCGGUUGGCCACAACGCCGAUUACAUCGAUAUCUAUAGCGCUUCCUGGGGUCCUGACGAUGAUGGACGGACUGUCGAUGGGCCGGCGAAACUCACAAAAAAUGCGUUUGAGAGAGGAAUAACGAUGGGCAGAAAAGGAAAAGGCAGCAUAUUUGUUUGGGCGUCGGGCAAUGGCGGCAAAGACAUGGAUUCGUGCAAUUGCGACGGGUACACUAACUCGAUUUACACGCUAUCGAUAUCGUCGGCAACCGAGCACGGCAACAUUCCAUGGUAUUCGGAAGCAUGCAGCAGCACGUUGGCGACGACGUACUCAAGCGGCGCCACCGGCGAAAAGAUGAUCGUCACGACGGAUUUGCACCACGCGUGCACCAAUAUGCACACGGGAACAUCGGCGAGUGCACCGCUGGCGGCGGGAAUUGUCGCGUUGUCGCUCGAGGCGAACCCGAAUCUCACUUGGCGCGAUCUUCAGCACAUUGUGAUUCGGACGGCGAAGCCGAUCAACUUGCGCGCCGGCGAUUGGACGACAAAUGGCGUCGGCCGUAAUGUGUCGCACUCAUUCGGCUACGGUCUCAUGGAUGCCGGCGCGAUGGUGAAAUUGGCAAAGGUGUGGAAGCGUGUCGACGUUCAGCAUCGAUGUCGACAAUUCUAUCCGUCGAGAUACAAAACAAUUCCGCACGGCAAUCGACUACAACUUCAAUUAUACAGCGAUGGAUGCUAUGGCGUCGGCGAGGAUUCGACGGUGAACUACGUCGAACACGUGCAGGCUAUCAUCACACUAAAAGCGCCGAAGAGAGGCGACCUUCAGAUUUAUCUUACUUCGCCGUCAGGCACUAAAUCGACAUUAUUAACGAAACGAACGAGAGAUAAUAGUCGGAGUGGAUUCACCGAUUGGGCAUUCAUGACGACUCAUAAUUGGGGAGAACAAGCUGCUGGUCUUUGGGUUCUGGAAAUUGACAAUGACGGCUGGGAUGACGCAGAGCUUGUCAAAUGGGAAUUGGUCUUGUAUGGAACGGAAAGAGAGACCGGCGACUACGGUGGAGAGCACACAUCGCCAUUGGCGGUUCGAUCCGUUAUGCUGCGAAGGCUACCGGCGCAAUUAUUGAGGACAUUAAGCUCGCAAAAUGUAGUUCCCGUUCGAUUUAAUGGCGUAAUGAAGGCAUUUUUCGAUAAUGAAGCGAAUUUUGGCAAAGUUGAGCUGCGGCCGAGGCACCGACCGGGACGAUCGUGGACGGAAGAGGAGCUUCGUCUAAAAAGCAACAGCGAUCUUCACAAGCUUUGGUAUGUUUGUCUAAUCGAGAGGAAUAUGUUGUACACAAUGAAAAAAGCGUACGUUGCCAAGGCGAGAAAUAUGCCAAAUCCAGAAAGAAUCGAUCGCGUCCAAGAGACAAUGGAUCGAAUUGAAGCUGUUGUUCAUGAAAGAAAUGACGCAGUUUUUCGAUUGGAGACUGGAGAAGGUGCGAGUCCGCGAAUCCGCAAGGUUACUUCAUUUGCCGGAUUCACAUAUGAGAAACCCGCUUCGGAGCAUUUUCAACCAGCAGAUGGAACGAAAGAAUACGAAGUGCCAUAUCUUGAUGAUGAUGCCUACAUGAUGCAGAAAUUAUGGAAUGAGAAAGAAUAUUUGAAGAAAAUCGACGCUGAAAAUGACGAAAAGCUUCGAAAUUCGCGAACAGAGGAUAUGGUCCGAUUCAAGAGGGGUGCACCAAGGACGGAAAUGUUUCAUCAACAUGGUAUGACGCUUGAUAAAACGAUGGAAGCGAACGCGAAACAGAAAACUGAGGGCGGUGAACGUCAGAAAAAGUCGAUUAGCGAUGCCGCUAAAACGAUGGCUUUAAUGUACAAACAAAAAUUGAGCGAUAGUCAUGGACCGAAUCAAGUAGCUGCCGCUCGCGAACUCUCUAGAUAUGUUAAUGGCGAUCUCAAGGAUGAAAAUCCGAAAUUUAUUGAACAUUUCCUGUCAACGUUAGACGGAAAAUCAGAUAGUGCCUUGUAUAAUGCUGUUAAAAGCAAUUCGAUUGACCAGAAAAAAUGCGGGAUCUUCUUAAUUGUGUGCCUUGCCGAUCCACAAGCUGGUGGUGUUAUGAGAUAUUCGAAUUAUCUGCUCAAAAUGCUGAAUGUGGGAGGAAUGGAUGAGGAUACUGUGAGAAUGGCGUGUCGCGCUCUCGCCUAUCUCAUUCAGACUUCGAAAUCAUAUGCAGCUGAGCUUGUCGAUCGCUCACUUGAUCAUUGUAUGGAAUGGCUUCAAGUGCCGGAUGAUCCGAAAUCGAAAGACUCGGUUCUGAUUGAUAAUCGAAGAUUGGCGGCGGCGCAUCUCUCCAGAGAGCUCGCGCUGUUCACACCAACCGCAUUUUUUCUGAGAGCUAGUCUUUUCUUCAAAUACAUUUUCAAUGCGAUUCGCGACAAGAAUGUGGUUAUUCGAAUGGCGGCGAUUGAUGCGCUCCACGCUGUUCUCACAAUCACGUCUCAGCGCGAAGCGAAGCAGAAGAUCAAGUGGUAUACGGAAUGCUUGGAAGAAGCGUUAAGAACGCAAAAGGAUCUAAUGGUUCGAGACGAAUCGUGCCGAUAUCACUCGGUGGCUCUUGUGCUCAAUGAGCUUUUCCGAUUGUCGGAUGCCAAAUAUGAGAAUGUUCGUCUUGAAUCGACAAAAGCCGAGCCAGUUGUCGUGUCGGUCGAGAAUCCAAUCGAUUGGCUUGUGCUUCCGCGAUCCAUGGAAGUCGUCGAAAGUCUCACGGCUAGACAACUCGUCAAAGAGAAAUUCAACGAGAUAACGAAAUGCGUUCGAGUGAUAAUUGAAUACGUUGCUCCCCGAGGCAAAUCAUCGCAGGGCUCACAACGAACUGGAAUGCUCGCCAAUGUGCUCAUGCAGCUCUUACCGCGAAUAUGUGCGUUUCCCGAAUGCGAGAAAUCGUUUCAUCAGCUCGCAUUUGACACCGCAUUUUACACUCUUCAAAAAAACUGUAUGGCGGCUCCUGCGCUCGGAUUGAUGAUGCUGUCGAAUCCCGAAAUACACGCGCCUCAUAUUCCCAAAGUCGUCGAUUUUGUUGCGAAUGCAAUGAAAAAAAUGCACGAAAGUGUCGCUGAUCAGUUCUUCGCUUUCCUCUUUCUUUUUGUCGAUGCUUAUGGUGACAAAGUGGAGCUUCAGAUCAAAUCAAUGCUGAGAACGUUGCUUGAGUUGCCGUUGUCGCAAGGGCUCACCAAUGUGCUCAAAAUGAUUAUGAUGAAAAUCACGAAUUUGCGUUUGAAUGUUCAAGACGGCGUCAUGGCUUCGAUAUAUUUGAAUUUGACAGGUGUGCCGGUUCCGUCGAAAAGUGAGCCGAUGAGCCGUCCGCCGGCACCGCGAGCCAUCCUUCAGAAGGCGUUAACCGAUCCCAAAGAGCUCUCGAAAAUUGUGCUUUCGAUAGAAACACUUGGCGAAUUCUAUUUCUCGAGAGGAGCUCUUCAGCGAAUCAUGCAAUACGUUGCCGAUUACUACUUGGUUGCCGAGAGCACUGAAAUCCGUUUAGCCGCUGUGAAAUGCUGCUGCGAAAUGGUGAUCCCAUUUGUGUCGGUAUACAGCAAAGUCACAAGUGACAAACGACAGCACCUUCUUACUACAAUCCAUGGGGUCAUAAGGGCUCUUGUCUCAGUCAUCGUCGUCGAUCCGCAUGUCAAGGUACGAAUGCAGGUUAUCACAUGCUUCAGGGAUAUGCAUCGAGACUUGAUGGUACAUUUGGCGCAGUCGGAUAUGCUUGAAAUGCACUUCAUGGCGUUGCACGACGAGAAGCUUGAAAUGCAGCAGGCUUGUGUCUCGCUGCUGGGACGAUUAUCGGAACUCAAUCCGGCGUUGGUGUUCCCAAGAAUGCGUAAGAUGCUUCUCGAAACACUCAGUCAGCUCACCAACAGCGGACAAGCCAAAUUGGAGCAACAUUCGGCAAAAAUGAUUGCUCAGAUUGCGACGCAGUGUCCGAAAUUCCUGCGACCCUACAUCGGCUCCGUCAUUUCGGCGUUGAUUAUCAAAUUGAGAACUGAAGCGAAGUAUGCCGAUGUCACCACCCAUAUUUUGCAUGCUAUUGGCGAAGUUUCUACCGUCGGAGGUGCUGAAAUUGUGAGAAAUAUAGAUCCUCUAUUCGCCAAAUUGACACACUUGAUUACCGAUUCGAGUCAUCUUCAAAGGAGAGAGGCGGCAUUGCGAACCAUUGGAAGAGUUUGUAGAUCAACGGCUUAUGUCGUUGAUCCUUAUCGUGACUAUCCGACACUUCUCGAUGAUCUUUUACGUCUACUCAAGACGGUUAUGUCGUCUUCAAUGAGACGAGAGGCGAUUAAAACGCUUGGAAUCUUGGGAGCUAUAGAUCCUUAUACUCACAAGGUCUUCACCGGAUCCGUUCAAUCGGCCUAUGCAAUAAGUACUGCUCUCUCGCUUCCCGUUUCACAGGGAGAUCCGUCGGAUCCCAGAAUGGAUAUAAUCCAAUGGGUCAACUAUGAGAAAUGCACGUUGGAGGAAUUCUAUCCAGCUAUUACCAUUGCGAAUUUGAUGAUGAUGAUUCAAGACGAAGCUUAUUCUGAGUAUUAUCGUGAAAUUGCUCAAGCAAUAGUCACCAUCUUCCGAUCACUCGGCGGCGCUGCGCCGCAAUACGUCGAGCAGGUGAUUCCGCGGUUGAUAGAAGUCUGCCGACAGAUGAACGCCAAGAAGAGCAACAUCGGACUCCGCGAGUUUUUCCUGCGACAGCUCAGUGUUUUUGUGGCGAUCAUAAAGAAGCACGCGACGCCUUUCAUGAAGGACAUCUUCGAAAUUAUAUCGAACGCUUGGAAUGACGACGACUCGUUGAAAAUGUGUGUGGUGGCGGUGAUGGAAGAAAUGGGAACCGCAUUGGGUCCGGAAUUCUCGGCGUACACUAGCGAAUUGAUGCCCUACUUGCUUCAUAUCCUUCAAACGGACAAGUCUAGGGACCGAGGUCUAACCGUCAAAGUUCUUGAGGUUGUGAAAGCGUUGUGCCUUUGUCUUGUUUCCCAUCUACACUUGGUUCUGCCUCCGAUUCUUAUAAUCCUCGAUGAUCAUACGAUUGAGUUGUAUGUUCGCAUGACGGCUCUUGACACGGUCCUCCACAUGGCUCAGAAUAUGGACGUUUCGGCGUAUGCUCCGAGAAUGAUGCAGUCUUGGCAUCAUUGUAUUAGUGUUCAAGAACUUCGCGAGAAGCUUCUUCUCCUUUUGAUUGAGAUCAUCAAGCAGCUCGGAAAACAUUUUGACGUGUUCCGCCGAAGUGUGGAUAUCAAAUUGCGCGAUAAUGGAUUGGAUCGAAGCGAGAAUUUCGAGGUGUAUCGCAAAUUGGCUCAGCGUGCUGAGAUGUUCCGCGACGUGCCGAACAUGUCGCUGUUCGCUGGCAACCACAGCAAUUCGCAAUCGACGCAGGUGUUGUUGCAAGGCGGAAAUGCGGCGAGCAUUGUGUUCGGCAACACCGGACUGCAAGAACGUCUCAAGCAUGGAUCGAUGGAGUCGAAUGCGAGCCGAAAUGAGAUGAAGGAUUCCGAGUUGUACGGAAUUGAAGAAGAAACGAUACCGGAACAAAGAAAACCGACGGCGGCGAGAAGUACAAAGGAAAUAAUGUCGGUUCCGAUUAGCAAACAGCGUCUGAACAAGGAAGCUCUUCAAAUGGCCUGGAAGGUUGAUCCGCAUUCGACGUCGAAGGAAGAAUGGGCGCAAUGGUUGUUGAAGCUGAGAAUCGCGUUUCUCAAGAGCGGAAGUUCACCUUCGCUUCGCGCCGCUUCAAGUCUUGGAGAUCAACAUCCGCAUCUUGCCAAGGAUUUAUUUCCAGCCGCAUUCAUGUCGGUUUGGACGGAACUUGAAGAAGUUCAUCAAAGAGAACUCGCGCAAUAUUUGAGGAAGGCAUUGGAUUCCGAACAUUCGGACGUGAUUCAGGCGAUUUUGAAUUUGGCCGAAUUUAUGGAUCACUCGGAGAAGGGACCAUUGCCAAUCGCUUACGAGGUUCUUGGCGCUUGUGCAGAAAAAACUAAAGCGUACGCAAAAGCUUGUCGGUAUAAGGAGCUUCAGAUUCUUAAAAGAUGGGAAGCGAAUGAGAAUGAGGAUCGCAAGUUGCUCGUCGAGGAUUGUCAAGCUCUUAUCACGUUUGCCAACAAGUUGAAUGUUCAAGAAGAAGCCGCCGGUGUUGUUCGAUAUGCGGAAAGAAAUCGAAUGAAUAUGAUGCGCGGAAGAUGGUAUGAAAAGCUGAACGAAUGGGAGAAAGCUCUUGAAUCUUACCGAAGUGAUCCCGAUCAGCCUGAUGAUGUCACAAUGCACGAGAUGCGAUGUUUAGAAGCUCUGGCUCAUUGGGAUGAUCUCAAUAAGAAAACUGAACCGUACACAAAGGACAAGACUUUGCCAAUGGACCAUAAAAUGGCUGUAAUUGCGGCUCGCGGAGCUUGGGCAGUUGGCAAUUAUGAGAAUAUGCAAUCAUUUGUUGAUCGAAUCUCAGAAAAUACACAAGAUGGCGCAAUGCUUCGUGCAGUGAUUUCGCUGAAAAAAGGCGAUUUCACCAGUACAGUAAAUCUCAUCGAGAAAGUGCGCGACAUGUUCGACAGCGAGCUCACCACAAUGGCUAAUGAGAGCUAUGAGCGAGCGUAUACGCCUAUGGUGUUUGUUCAGCAAAUUGCCGAACUUGAAGAAGCGAUUGAAUAUCAGACAAUUCAAGAGCGAAGGCCACGUAUUGCUCUUUUAUGGAGUCGCCGAUUGCAAGGUUGUCGGCAGAAUGUUGAGCAGUGGCAGCGAUUGCUCAUGUUAAGAUCACUCGUUCUAUCGCCAACCGAAAUGCAUCCACUUCGCGUGAAAUUCGCGUCGCUUUGCCGAAAACAAGGAAAAACGUCGAUGUCGCGCGCCGUGCUCCGAGAGCUGCUCGAUUUACCGCCGGAUGCCAAUUUACUCACCGCUUCAGCGCCGCCUGAGAAGCCGCAACUUGUCAUUGCGCUGUGCAAGCAAUUGUGGCAAGAUGAUCACAAAGAAGAAGCAUUGCGAACAUUGGAAGAUCUAUCCAAAUACAUUGAUCGAAUGUAUCGUCCGCCAAAAGAGCCACCAAAAACGAUUGAAGCGGCUCGAAUUUGUGCGAAAGUGUUCAUGAAGCUUGGCGAAUGGACAGAGGCCAAUAUUAAGAGUUUCCGUGGAAGAUCUCACACUAUCACUGAUUAUUCGAACCUUCAACAAAUGUCGCCGAGUCUCGGAAGAUCUCGAGGCGAACUUCGCGAUGGAUGUCAUCCGAUCGACUAUUAUCGAAGCGCCACCGAAUUUGAUCCGAAAUGGCACAAAGCAUGGCAUAAAUUGGCCAUUGCUUACUUCUACGCGACCGUCAAAGAUGCUCCAAGGCGAAUGAAUUUGGGUUCGACGCAAUCGCCGAAAUCACCGGCUGUCUCGCAGAAUCGGCAGAACUAUCAGACGCCGCCGCCACCGCCGGCGCCGCAAAUGAAUCCGCUCAGCAACAUCCAAACGAAUGGUGUGAAUGGAGCGAUUUCGGAUAUUCCGCCGCCGUUGGGAAGCCUCUCGCAAUUCAACAACCAAGGACCGGCUCUUAUCAGUUCGGGCAGAUCAUCGCCCGUUUUCACGCAGACGGGACAAUCGUUCGGACAUUUGUCGCCACUGACUUUGCCCGGAAACUCGAUAGUUGAAAACGCCAUCAAUGCGAUUCAUUGCUUCUUGAAAGCGCUUACAUUUGCCCCGGGAUCGCGACUCGAGGAUACAUUGCGACUUUUGCAACUUUGGUUCGAUUAUGGUGAACACGACGAAGUUUACAAGAAGCUCGCUGAUAAUGUCGUCGAUUUGCCAAUAGCCACAUGGCUCGAGGUUGUUCCUCAACUCAUGGCUCGUCUCGAUUCGUCGGAUGAAGUAAAACCGGUGCAAUUGGUUAUCAAGGUUCUUGCGGAAAUCUCGAAAGCGCAACCGCAGAGUUUGAUCUACGCUUUGACGGUGGCGUCGAGGAGCUCGGAUCGACAUCGAUUGAAGAAUGCGCAAACGAUAUUGGCAAAGAUGUACGAGCACCAUCCAAAACUUGUUGAUGAAUGUCGAAUGGUAUCGGAGGAGCUCGUGCGUUGCGCGAUUCUUUGGCACGAAAAAUGGCAUGAUGCUCUGGAUGAAGCUAGUCGCGUUUACUUCCACAGAUCUCUUCAAGACAACAAUGUGCAAGCGAUGUUCGAAACCCUGAGAAAUUUGAAUACAAUGAUGGGAUGCAGUGUGCCAAAGACGAUGAAAGAGCAAUCAUUUACCCAGACGUAUCUUGCUGAUCUAAAAGAAGCUGCUAGGUACUGUAUGGCCUUCGAGCGAAGUGGAAAUGUCAAGGAUUUGAAUCAAUCCUGGGAAAUCUAUUGCCAAGUCUUCAAACGACUUCGUGAUCAGCUCUCCAAUCUCACUUCGCUUGAUUUGAACUACGUGAGUCCCGCUUUAAUGAAGGCCAAGGAUCUGCAACUCGCUGUUCCUGGAACGUAUGAUCCAUCGAAUCCAGUCGUUGGAAUCAGCUAUUUCGCAACGAAACUCACGGUGAUUACCAGCAAACAAAGGCCGAGGAAGAUGAUAAUCCGUGGAAACAACGGGCUUGAAUAUCAGUUCUUGUUGAAAGGGCAUGAGGAUCCAAGGCAGGACGAAAGGGUCAUGCAAUUGUUUGGACUUGUCAAUACGCUCUUGGCGAACAAUGCGGACACGUGUCGAAGGAAUUUGGCGAUUCAGCGAUAUUCGAUUAUUGCGCUCAGCAAGGAUUCUGGAUUGAUAGGAUGGGUUCCGAAUUGUGAUACUCUUCACUCGCUUGUUAAGGAAUACCGUGAAAAGAAAGCCAAUAUUCCUCUUUCUGCCGAGCACAAAGUUUUGCAAAAAUUGUCGGCAGAUACCGAGCAUUUAACAUUGAUGCAAAAGCUUCAAUUGUUUGAAAACGCGCUUGCCGUAACACAUGGAGACGAUCUGCGUCAAAUUCUUUGGCUCAAGAGUCCAAGCUCGGAAGUUUGGUUCGAUCGCAGAACGAAUUACACAAGAUCAAUGGCAUGUAUGUCGAUGGUUGGAUAUAUCCUCGGACUUGGAGAUAGACAUCCUUCGAAUUUGAUGCUUGAUCGUCUUACCGGAAAAAUCGUGCACAUUGAUUUCGGAGAUUGUUUCGAAGUGGCGAUGCUUCGAGAGAAAUUCCCGGAACGAGUUCCAUUUAGAUUGACUAGAAUGCUUAUCAAUGCUAUGGAGAUUACUGGAUUAGAAGGUGUUUAUAGAUAUACCGCUGAAAGAGUUCUGAAAGUGUUGCGGACAAAUAAUGAAUCGCUUCUCGCGGUUCUUGAGGCUUUUGUUUAUGAUCCGGUUAUUAAUUGGAGACUUGUUGAAGGUAUGAAGAGGGAUCCGAAGAUGAGGAAGGACCCAUCAAGGAUGAACACGAAUCAGCUUCCAAGUAGCAGUCGAACCGAAGGCACAAUGGAUACAAUCAAGAGAAAAUUGGCUGGAACGGAAUUUGUGAAUUGUCCGUUGUCGGAGAAUCCUGAACCGAUUCCUGUUGGUGAGCAACUCGAGCGUCUCAUUGAACAGGCUACGUGUCACAUGAAUCUUUGUCAAAGUUACAUAGGCUGGUGUCCAUUCUGGUAG